AUGGCUUUCUUUGCAGCAUUAUUGCACUCGGUCCCUACCCUCGAAUGGCUGUCCUUCCCAGAGGAGGUUGCACAAUUCAGUGGAAUGAUGAGACUGCAGAUGGAUUUACGAAUUGAAGCUGCCAAUCUCUCGAGAUUUCGAUCGAAUUUCAGAGAUAGGGCUACGAUCAUAUUUCCAAUGCCAUAUAGUCAUUACACCACCCGAGAGGUAUUGAUAGAAGAGUUUGCUCAUGGAAUACCUCUCCGUGCAUUUCUGGAGUGUGGGGCUGGAGUAUUUGAGAGGGAUAUAUCCGAUAUGGGAUUGGAUGGCUUUUUGCAUAUGUUGAUUAUGGAUAACUUCAUCCAUGCGGAUCUUCAUCCCGGAAACAUUAUGGUUCGCUUCCACAAACCCGAACCCCCCAGUCUUAUAUCCAGGUUCUCGAUGCUCGUCCCCACUUCCGAGGGCGAAAGGAAUGUAGACAACCACAAAGAAGUCACAGAUGCUGUUCUCUCACGACUAAACCCCUAUCAUCGAACUCCAGAAAGGUGGGUAGAAGAAUUGAACCGUCUUGAUGCUGAAGGAUACAGGCCUCAACUCGUGUUUAUCGACACGGGUCUAGUAACCGAACUUAACGCCAAAAAUCGGCAUAAUUUUCUUGAUCUUUUCCGUGCCGUCGCCGAAUUCGAUGGAUACCGUGCAGGCCAUCUUAUGAUUGAGAGAAGCAGAGCUCCUUCUGCUGUUAUUGACAAAGAGAUAUUCGCAAUUAAGAUGCAGCAUCUCGUCCUUGCGGUCAAAACUCGUACACUAUCUUUAGGAAACAUCACGAUCGGUGAUAUUCUUUCAGAUGUACUCCAAAUGGUUCGUGUGCAUCAUGUGCGUAUGGAGGGUGAUUUCAUCAAUGUCAUAUUAUCGAUCCUACUUCUCGAAGGGAUUGGGCGUAGUCUAGAUCCGGGAAUGGACCUACUGAAAAGUUCUCUACCCAUGUUGAGAUCUAUUGGGGCUGGGGGCGGCGCAGGCAUCCUAGGGUGUAACGAGGAGGGAAGCAGAGGCGCCGAUUUGAGCUUUUUGAAGGUUUGGUUGGGACUUGAAAUGAGGCAAUUUUUGAACAACUCGAUAGAAUCCGUGGAGAACUUGGUGAAGUAUGACUUACUGAGUCCAAAUAUAUAG